UUUGCACACACACGAAUACAAAGAGCCAUACGACCUUCGGAUCCAGGUCGAAAUACUUCUAGCCCCUGAUCUGUUCCCUCGGCACAGGGGCUUCACGGAUGGGAUGAGCUGCCUGUGUCCGGCGGGGAGCGGCCACUGCUGACACCCCCUCGACUCUCCCGUCGUCAGGAAGAGGCGUAGCUGGACAAUCCUGGGAUGGUACCGGGGGGGCCCGGGGCACGGAAGGUCGCCGCUGUCCCACCCGAGGACUAGGGUGGCACAGGCCUUCCUCCCUCAAGGCUCAUUCCUCCUCAGAAUCCACCGCUCGAGGCCCGGACCCUCCCAGCCACCCUUGACGAGAAGAGACGGAUGUUGUGCCCCGGGGGCUCCUCGCGUUCCGGGCGGUGAGGCCGGAUCCGACCCGGGACCCACUCGGACGAGGUCCGGCGGCGAGAGGAGCCGGAGGCCCCCGGGGCCGCCAUGUCCUUCAGUGCCACCAUCUUGUUCUCCCCGCCUAAUGGCAACGAAGCCAAGUGUUGCUGCUGUGCUUGCAAGAGCGAGCCCAGCGGGGGUGGCUCGGGACCACCCGGGGGCAACCCCCCGCCCUGCACCCCCAUCACGGUGACCGGCCACGGCCUGGCGGUGCAGAGCUCGGAGCAGCUCCUGCACGUCAUCUACCAGCGGGUGGACAAGGCCGUGGGCCUGGCGGAGGCCGCCCUGGGCCUUGCCCGGGCCAACAACGAACUGCUGAAGCGCCUCCAGGAGGAGUUGGGCGAGCUGAGGCAGGGCAAGGACUCCGCCGCUGAGGACAGCCGGGAGGGAGGGACCCACGGCCCCCCGCCCGAGGACUCGGGGACCCUCAAGGGAAGCCCCGGGGAAGCCUGCAAGGCCUUGUCAGCCGUGGAGGAGGAGUGUGACAGCGUGGGGAGUGGGGUGCAGGUGGUGAUCGAGGAACUGAGACAGCUGGGAGCGGCCUCGGCCGUGGGGCCGGGGGCCUUGGGCUUCCCGGCCGUCCAGAGGGACAUUCGACUGCCCGGAUGCCCGGGGGCCUCCAGCGAGAUGACCCCGCUCCUCAAUCCCCUGGCGGACGACUUGGCGGCCCCCGACGGGGCCGUGCAGCGGGUGUUGCUCCCGGCCUACGCCAAGCAGCUCUCGCCGGCCACCCAGCUGGCCAUCCAGCGUGCGGCCUCGGAGACGGGGCCGGAGAGCGGGGUGAAACCGCCGCCCCGGCCGGAGGACGCGGUCAGCGCCACGCUGGACGGAGCCCUGGAAGACGGGGUGCCCGGGGGGGCCGGGGAGCUGCGGCUCUCGCUGGGGCUCGCGACCUCCCCGUGCCGGGCCCGAGGGGGCGGCCAGAAGAACUCCAGGCGCAAGCGAGACCUGGUGCUCUCUAAACUGGUCCACAACGUGCAUAAUCACAUCACCAAUGACAAAAGGUUCAACGGAUCCGAAAGCAUCAAGUCUUCGUGGAACAUCUCGGUGGUGAAAUUCCUCUUGGAGAAACUGAAGCAGGAGCUGGUGAGCAGCCCCCACAAUUACACCGACAAGGAACUGAAAGGAGCCUGCGUAGCCUACUUCCUCACCAAGAGGCGUGAGUAUCGCAACUCCCUGAACCCUUUCAAGGGCUUGAAGGAGAAGGAAGAGAAGAAGCUGCGCAGCCGCCGAUACAGACUCUUUGCUAACCGGUCCAGCAUCAUGCGUCACUUCGGGGCGGAAGAGCAGCGCCUGUGGAAGGACGUGACCGAAGAGCUGAUGUCCGACGAGGAGGACAGCCUCAACGAGCCGGGGGUCUGGGUCGCCCGCCCCCCUCGCUUCCGGGCCCGGCGCCUCACCCAGCUGUGCUACCACCUGGACGCCAACUCCAAGCACGGCACCAAGGCCAACCGGGUGUACGGCCCCCCGUCCGAGCGCCUGCCCUCCGUGGAGGCCCAGCUCCUCCCCCCAGACCUCUACAACCCCAACUUCCAGGAGGAGGAGGAGGAGGAGGAGGAAGAGGAGGAGGACAGGCCGGAGGAGGAAGGGCCCAUCUCCCUGCCCUUCGAUCAGCCCCACAAGGCCUUCUGCCCGGACUUGAACUCGUUCAUCGAAAUCAAGGUAGAGAAGGACGAGUGAAAAGGGCCUUCCGGAGAGGAGCUGCUCCUUGCCACCUGACCACCUUCCCCGUGGGGACCACGGCUCUUUCCUCUGAGGAAGGGGCUCGACCUCUUCCCCCCGAGCCCCCGCCUAUCGAGAAAGCACCCCCUCCCCCGGGGUGGGCAACAGUCCCAGUUGUCGGAGGAGAGGAUGCAGCCGGGGGUGGGAUGCCGGCCGAAGGGGAGGGGGCUGGGCUGGACGCAGACGGCGAGGCAGUGAGGUGUAGGAGGUCUCCGGGGGCACGGGCUCCCGCUUGUGAGGGUCGUGUCGCCUUGGGGAGACGCAGGAUGGGGAGACACUGCUCCCCUCCACUUCGGGACCCCCGACUGCGGGCCUCGCUCUGUGGCAGCGGGCGGCAAGGGCUCGGGCGGAUGCCGCCAUCUGGUGGGCCGCUCCCUGACCAGUCUGGCCAAAGCGCUCCUGGCCCUGGGGGGCCCGACAGCCGGGCCCAGGUAGAAGGGUAAACCGAGGCCUGGGGGCGGAGGGUGACACCCCAGAGGCUGAGGAACGUUAAACAGGCCAGGUCGGGGAACACCUGCCCGUUGCCCGGUCGAGAACCAAGAGGCUGCGGACGUGCCCGGAGCAGGGCCCCUUCCCCCUCCCAUCAGUCGUAGGCUCCCAUCUGGGAAAUUAGGGCUUAAACGGUUGGUCCUAGCA